AUGGCUUUUUCUAAAUCAUAUUACAAUCUCUUGACCAUUACAAUUCUCCUUCUCUCCUCCACAUCAACCUCUCUUGCCGGUAACGCUGAAAACGCAGACGUAAGCGAAUGCAAAGCUGAAUCAGGAGAUUCAUCAUGCCGUAACAACAUAGAAUCACAAAAGCUUAAACUAAUAGCAAUCCCAUCGAUCUUAGUAGCGAGCAUGAUCGGUGUUUGCUUACCGUUGUUUACUCGUUCCAUUCCUGCUUUAGGACCCGAUCGAGAUACGUUUCCAAUCGUUAAGGGUUUAUCUUCAGGUGUUAUUUUGGCUACCGGUUAUAUGCACGUUUUUCCAGACGCUGUCGAGAAUCUUACAUCUAAAUGUUUGCCCGAAAGUCCGUGGAGGGAGUUUCCGUUUACAUUUUUUAUCGCGAUGGUUUCCGCUUUGGUUACUUUGAUGGUUGACUCGUUUUUAAUGAGUGCGCAUAAGAAGAGAGCUAGUAAGCGUGAGGUAAAAGUUAAACCCCUAGAAAAUGGAUCUAACUCGUUGGAGAUCCAACAUGAGAUCAAAACCCUAGAAAAUGGAUCUGUUGUUGUGGAGAAACAAGAUGAGGUCACAAGUCAACUUCGUAGGAAUAAAGUCAUUGCUCAGAUGUUGGAACUAGGUAUUGUUGUACACUCGGUGGUGAUCGGUCUCGCAAUGGGGGCUUCGAAUAACCAAUGUACCAUACGAUCACUUAUCGCGGCACUUUGUUUCCAUCAGCUCUUUGAAGGGAUGGGACUUGGUGGUUCCAUUCUACAAGCGGAAUAUGGAAGACAAACGAGAUUGAUAAUGGCAUUCUUUUUCUCGGUCACAACACCGUUUGGGAUUGCUUUAGGGAUGGGAAUACAAAAAAUAUAUGACGAGACAAGCCCGACGGCGUUGAUCGUGGUCGGGGUUUUGAAUGCUUGUUCCGCCGGUUUAUUGAACUACAUGGCGCUUGUUGAUCUCUUGGCUCAUGAAUUCUUCGGAGAGAAAUUGCAAGCAAACAUGAAACUUCAGUCAUUUGCUUAUGUUGCUGUCCUUAUAGGUCUUGGAGGAAUGUCUUUGAUGGCUAAAUGGGCAUAG